CGAGGUUGCGGUAGGUUUCGAGGAUUGACGUCAAAAAUGGCAGGAGAUGCUGACUGAAUGACCAGCGGAUCAACCACUCCUGCCGACCAAACGCUCGCCUCCGAUUCUCCAAGAACCGACUCACCAUGGAAGUCAUAUCCUACCGGCCCAUCUUUCCAGGGGAAGAGAUUCUCAUCAGUUACACCCCCCUCACCCUCCCCCCCUCGGACCGCCAUCACUUUCUCCAACAAACCCACCACUUCACCUGCCACUGCCCGCUCUGCACUUCUCUGUCCGAUGACCCCUCGGCUAAUACUCCCGCCGCCGAAUCCCACUCUCGCCGCCAGCACCUGAACGAGCUAUGGACCACGAUGCUCCACGCCAAGUCUGAAGGCUUCUACCAAGACGCCAUCAACAUCCUAAAUGAUUGGCUCGACUUUGCAGAGGUGGAAGGACUCUUGCCGUUAAUGGGAGAGUAUCACGGGGUUAUGGCGGAGUUGCAUCUUGUGCUGGCAGAACGGGGAAGCCCUGGGGGUAAGGAGGUGGAUCGAGACCUAGCGCUGAGGGGGGCGUUGAGGGAGGCCAGGAUGGCGGUCGAUGCGUGGGUGAGGUUGGGAAGUGUUGAUGGUGGGAAGACGGAGGAUGCGAGGGUAUUUCUCGAAAAGGUGUUCAAGUUGAAGGAAAGGAGAAAAGGAAGAUGAGGUUUUAUGAAAUGGCUUCAGUCGACAAUGGACCGGCAUGUGAGGAGUGGGUCAGGUAGCCUUGAGCGGCCUUCUCAACCCAGUAGAGGCAUUCUCCAGUAUCCAAAAACAGUCAUCAUCCCCAACUUCCAAGAGUA